CCACAUCUCGUUGCCUGGUAAGAACGCUAAAUAUCAGGACAAUGACAGACUGACAGCUCUGCUGCUGUGGCCGUAUGCACAUGUACGAGUUCUGCUCCUUAUGGAAUAUUUUGGACUAUUCCGCUUGUUUUAUGGGGAUUUAAUUUUCCUGUUUUUUCAAGGACAGACCUGGAUUUCAUUUUUCUUUUUUUUUAUUUUCCUGGACAGUGAUAGCACAUGAUCCUCCUCGCUGCUCUUCUCUUGCUUUACCCAUCUCUUUCUUAAUUUGAGUCCUUGUUUUCUUUCUCCCUUCUCUGCUUCCUCAGUCACCCCUCCCUCCGUAUCUUUCAAGCGCUCACACGCACGCACACGAGCACACACACACUCCUCCCCCAUCGCUGCAGUGUGCCCCGACUGCCUUGAAGCUAACGAAAGGGGGAACGGCGCAAAGGCGGUAUCGCACACACACACACACACACACACACACAUACACACACACACACAUACAGGGACACGCAUACACACGCGAGCUCAGGCACGCACACUCACCGCCAAAGAGAGACAGAGGGAUGAAGAUGUCGCUGUACCAGCACUGAGCAAGGACUGCACACUCCGUCUGUGAACCUUGCAAAUGUGUGUCGACAUAUCACCAGAGAUGGACGGAGGCCACUGAAACACAGAUCAUGGGAUGCCGUCAGAGCUCGGAGGAGAAGGAGGCGGCCCGGCGCUCCCGUCGCAUCGACCGGCACCUGCGUUCGGAGAGCCAGCGGCAGCGUCGUGAGAUCAAGCUGCUCCUGUUGGGCACCAGCAACUCGGGCAAGAGCACCAUCGUCAAGCAGAUGAAGAUCAUCCACAGCGGGGGCUUCAACUUGGAGGCCUGCAAGGAGUACAAGCCACUCAUCCUCUACAAUGCUAUCGACUCGCUGACGCGCAUCAUCCGCGCCAUGACCACGCUGAAGAUUGACUUCCACAACCCAGACAGAGCCUAUGACGCCGUCCAGCUGUUCGCCUUGACAGGACCGGCCGAGAGCAAAGGCGAGAUCACACCGGACCUGCUGGGCGUCAUGAAGCGGCUCUGGGCGGACUCUGGUGUUCAGGAGUGCUUCUGCCGCUCUAAUGAGUACCACUUGGAGGAUAAUGCCCCUUACUAUCUCAAUGACCUGGACCGCAUCUCUGCCGUGCAGUACAUACCCACGGUGGAAGACAUCCUGCGCUCCCGCGAUAUGACCACCGGUAUUGUGGAGAAUAAGUUCACCUUCAAGGAGCUGACAUUCAAGAUGGUUGAUGUUGGGGGGCAGCGCUCAGAAAGAAAGAAGUGGAUUCACUGCUUUGAGGGGGUGACGGCCAUCAUUUUCUGUGUGGAGCUCAGUGGCUAUGACCUCAGGCUCUACGAGGACAACCAAACGAGCCGAAUGGCCGAAAGCCUACGUCUGUUUGACUCCAUCUGCAACAACAACUGGUUCAUCAACACUUCGCUCAUCCUGUUCCUCAACAAGAAGGAUCUGCUGGCUGAGAAGAUCAAACGUAUCCCACUCACCCUCUGCUUUCCAGAGUACAAGGGCCAGAACACAUAUGAGGAGGCCGCAGUUUACAUCCAGCGUCAGUUCGAGGACCUCAACCGCAACAAGGAGACAAAGGAAAUUUACUCCCACUUUACCUGUGCCACGGACACCAGCAACAUUCAGUUUGUCUUUGAUGCUGUAACAGACGUCAUAAUACAGAACAAUCUCAAGUACAUCGGGCUGUGCUAGGGCGAGGUUUGGGGGGGCAUGCAGGCAGUGUGGCUGUGUGGGACAGCCACCAGGGUGCUGCCACGUUACAGAGAGGUGACGGAGCUCCUAGAAUUUACUAAAGCAUUCAAUGGGCAAGGCACAGAAAGAAAGCUCGUGAGAAUGAUAUCUCCCAGAAAGCAUUGCACUGAAUACAUCAUUUUCCUGACCCAUAUAUACAUAAUCAAAAGAAGAAUAUUGAUGUUUAAACAAUGGCAAUCAUUUGUUAACAGAUAAUACAGUAUGUGUGUGUCUAUGCCCUCCUCCCCCUCUAUCCUGUGUCUUUGUUGCUGUCGUUUACCUGUUAAGGCUAUCACCUCUGCCCAAUUCAUUCAAUGUUGCUUUUGUGUUCCUUUUCAAACCAUAAAAGGUCAACGAGGCAGGUCUACUUCCCAGGACCGAAGCCUGAAGAUGACUUACUCAAAACCAGCCAGGGUUUAUUUCACGAGGAGAUUGAAUUGACAGAAUAUCUGGGGAUGAGAAGCUCACCUGGAUGAGCCUUACAAUAUUCCAAACCCAAUUCCGUGUCAAAGAUUGUUAUACACAAAAGAAAAAUCGGGAAUACCUGGUUCAUUAAAAGAAGAACAGUGCCAAAAAAAGAAGAAAAAAAAACAAUUUGAUGAAAAUUUUAAUAUUUGAUUUUUCUAUUGACUGAUCCUGCAUGACAUCUAGGUCUGUAUGUUUGUUUCAGAAUUAAUAAAAUAUGCCCCCGACGAACAUCACAGCUACAUCAAAGCCAAACAUUGCAUUCGCUGCCUGAAAGUGUUUUUAAAUUAUGUCAGGAUCAAAAAUAUUUCCUUCAAUUCAAACAGUGCAAGUGAAUCGUCAAGCUGAGGACAGAGACAGCUGAUAGAUCUGUCAUUCCGAAAUGAGCAUAGAGAUGAUGCACAAAAGGGGGAUGUGGGUUAAAAUAGACACCACAAAAAUCAACGCAGAAUGGAAAAGAAAACAGCCGUUUCUUUCCCCCCCUUGCAUCAUGAAGUGAAUAAUAGAUGUGACAUGUACAUAAAAUAUGACUAAAGCACAGUCAUUAAUAAAACAGCAGACAGACUGAUUAAAAAGAGAGACCUGUACUUCUCUCCUGCUGUUCAAAAAAGCAUGAUGUGCAACAACUCAGUUAAGGGCUUGAAGCUUUAUUUUACAAGAUAGCCACUUAAAAAUAUAUGUAUUUAAAAUAUAUGAAAAUACUAUUAACGAACCAAAUGCUGCAGACAUCGUUUUUGCCAGAGAUGUUCUUUCGUGAAGUGGUGUUUGAGGGGUACAGGUAACAUAAAAUAUGAGAUCAUUGUGUUUUAUGUUUUUAUUUUUUUUGUAUGUGCGUGUAUAUAUAUUUUUUUUAUUAACAUGGGCCACAAAGAUUGUUCAAAGGUAUAAUAACAGGCAUUGACAUAUAUACCUUUAGCAAGUUAACAGCGUGUCACUGCUCAUUCCUCAAAUGUAAAACACAGUUGUUAACUGUUCAUAAACCAGAGUUAUAUAUCAUAUCCAGCCACCCAUAUAAUGAUUGGAUUGGUGUUUUCUAUAUACACACUGUUAUGCAAGCGCAAAUACACAGAAAAACAUUUUUCUUUCCACAAUAUUCUUAUAGUGCUCUUACAAAUCUUUUCUGGCCUCUACUUUUUUUUACCAGUGGGUACUUUGUAAUGAAUAUGUAUCCUAACUGAUUUGAUGAUCAUUAAGACAGUCUUCAAAACCAUCUAAGAUGUCAUUACCAACAGCUAAUGCAACCUUGGAAUAAUUAACAGCCAUAUGCAGGUGACUGCAUUUUCCAAGCUGACUGUUGGAUUACGUGGGUUUUGCUGCUCUUUUGUUUUCUUCUUCUUCCUGACUCGGGCUUUGUUUUUGCAGGUUGACCCCUUAAUGUCUGCAAUCAUUACUGCUUCAUUGGAAGUUAUUGAGAAUAUGACCAAAAUGCCAAAACACUGUAUUAUACAUAUUCAGGGGCACAAAUAAAGAGAGAGAUAAAAACCUUUAUGUUCAUCAUUAAUUAAAAUGGCACAUAUGGUCAAUCAGUCGGGAAAAUGCCUGGCCAGUGGAGGGUGCUCACACAGACCCUUACACAGAAAGGAAAAGCUUUGUUUGUCAAUGGCAAACAAGGAAGUCCAGAUAAACACUGGGAAAAUGCAAAGCUUGCGCACAGAGAGCUUGGGAACAUGUAUCAUAUACAUCCAUGGACAUGCAAGGGUAAUACCUGCUAAAGUCCUUAACAUCCAUGCUUAGCACACAUAGGUGAUCCAGGGAACAGUCAUAAGUACUACAAUCACAUGAUUAUGCCACCAUAACUUCAUGCACAUAGUUUUAUAUUAAUUUUAUUAGGACGGCCUUCCAGUUCCAUACUGAAAAGUUAAACACUACUAGGUUAGAAAUGUAAUGUACUUAAAGGACCCCCUAACACCACAAUAGAAAAAGCAGGUGCUUAGAGAAACAAUAACUGUUUGUGUACUUCUGCAGUGGACGUGCCACUUUAUACACCAUCCCAACUGCCUCAUUGGCAGUUUCUCACCCAACAGACAAGUAUCUUCCCCCCACACAGCCUGCUAGCUAGCACUGAGACAGCAUGCCAUCUGAAUGUGAUUAACCAUACAUUCAAUUCAGGUAAAUGAAAAGUUCAUGUUGCACCAAAUUAGGAGUCUGCUGUUUUAAUACAUUUACUCACUGGGGGCUUUGGGUGGGGGUGCUGUAAAGCGCUUUGAGACGACGUAAUGUUGUGAUAAUGCGCUAUACAAAAAUAAAUUUGUUGUUGUUGUUAAUA